UUUGUUGGCGCAUGCGCACUGUGACCACUGUCCACUUCAUUGAUUGCAACUACUUCUUGUAACCUCUUGCAACUACGUGGCAGAAACUACGAAGAUGGAGUUAGCAGCUCUCGUUGCUUUAACAUUGUUACUAGGUGCCUUAAUUCUUCUUGUCGCGGUUGCAGUCAGAAAACAGAACGUGGAAACAGACGAACCAGAGCAGACAGCAGAAUCAGUGGCCCAAGAGAAUCACAAGCCCCUGACCACCAAGAAACCCAAGCUGGACAAGCAGCGCACCCGGAAGGACAAAGCCCAGCACAGCUUCAGCCACCCGCUGGUGGCCUCCACCCUUAAGAGCCACAGUGGAAACGUCACGUCCAUUGACUUCAGCAGCAAUGGGAAGUACCUUGCCUCCUGUGCUGAAGACCGCACCGUCCGGAUAUGGAGCGUGAAGGACUUCAUGGACCGGGAACACAAGUGUCUCCGGGCCAACGUGGACCUGGACACCGCCACCUUGGUCAGCUUCAGUCCCGACUCAAGGGCCUUCAUCACAUGGCUAUCCAAUGCAGAUACCAUCCGUAUAUUCAAGAUGAUCAAGAAGGAAGAUGGCACCUUCACUUUCAAAGCCGCUCCUGAGGACUUUCCACAGAAACACAAGGCCAGCAUUCUCAAUAUCGGCAUUGCAGAGACAGGGAAGUUCAUCAUGAGUGCCUCCUCAGACACCAGCAUCCACAUAUGGGACUUGAAAGGGGAGAUUCUGGCCUCUAUCAGCACUAACCAGAUCAACAACUCGUACGCUGCAAUCUCCCCUUGUGGAAGGUUUGUUGCGUCCUGUGGCUUCACCCCGGACGUGAAGGUGUGGGAGGUGUGCUUUGGGAAGAGCGGGGAGUUUAGAGAGGUGACGCGCGCCUUCGACCUGAAGGGCCACUCGGCAGGUGUUCACUGCUUCGCCUUUAACAACGACUCCACCAGGAUGGUGAGCGUGUCCAGAGACGGCACGUGGAAGCUGUGGAACACGGACGUCGAGUACAAGAAGCAGCAGGACCCCUACCUGCUGCGGACCGUCAGCUGCGUUUCCUCGGAGGGCAGCCUGGCGGCGCUGUCGCCCGACGGCCGCGUGGUGGCCAUCAGCAGCGGCUGUGACGUCACCAUGUUCGACGCCACCAGCGGCCAGCGGGAGGAGGAGCUCCGGGGCGUGCACAGCGGGGGGAUCACGGGGCUGCGCUUUGACAUCAACGGCCGCUUCCUGGUGUGCAGCGGGGACAAGGCCAUCCGAGUGUUCCACAACGCGCCGGGCUACCGGGCCGCCAUCAAGGACAUGCAGGAGAUGCUGAGGAAAGCUCAGAACGAGGCCAUGAAGCAGAGACUGCAGCAGCAGAUCAAAGACGCUCAAAGUGCUCUAGACACCGUGUUGGCGACUCCAACGGACUAAUGAAAUGAUCCUCGUUUCUCUCUUGUCCCACAUGUUCACAUGUUCACUCAACAACACAAAUCUCUGGCUGAACGCCACACCUUUUGCUAAAUGGCCUGCAUUUGACCGAAAGCCAUUUGUGUGAAGUUUUAAUAAAGUUGUUUUUAUGAAAGUU